CUUCGCGCACACAUCACCAACUUUCAGUAUCUAUCCCAGUUCGUGAUCGACGCGCUGAAACGCUAGACGUGGCUAUUCAGUCGGCUAUUGUUGUUCCAGAUCUAAAUGAUUUAAGAUCUACUACAAUGGCGAUAUUGUGGCUGCUGGUGAUAGCCGCCUGUCUGACAGCCAGCUCGUGUGCUGAACGUGGUGGGUCACUCCGUGGGGCUCUGGAGGCGCUGCAGCGACGACAACGUGGCAGGGUACACGCGCCUAUCGUGCAGGACUACGAUACGCUGUACGAAUUUGUACCGCCUCAGAACUAUCCAGAACCCGAUUAUCCUGUGGAUGUUGAGAAUGUAGAAGAAGAACCGAAGUAUAUUGUGCGAUUGCUUGACGAGAGUGAGAGACCGGUUGAUGAUUACGAAUACAAAAUUAUCAGGAAAAAGAAUUCCGUAUUGCAAAAUUCAAAUAAAAAGCAAUCUACUUUCCGUGAAAGAAGUCAAAUAUCGGGCAACGAUAAGCUUCGUGCAAUUUUUUAUGAUAAAGAUGAACAGCCAGUUGAAGAAGAAAAAACUUCAGGUCACCCAGAAAAUGACAGUGAAUAUGCUUUGCUAUUGGGUCAGUUGUGGACAAAAUACAAUAGUAAAGACAGCCCUAACCGUGUAGAUGAUGCUCCUCAAGGUGUAGUGAAAUUGUACAAGGAAAAAAUUGUUAAGAAAAGGUACCCUGACAGUUGGGGCCCAAUAGCGUUUAAAAGGAAACGUAGCUCUGAUAUAGAAACUGAACGACCAGAUAGACCAGAAAAUAAACCAUUUGAAGCAAACAUUGAUUCUGAAAGUCCUAAUUACAACACAUAUGAUUUAUCUGAUGAUGAUAAAGAUGACAUGAGAGAAGAAUAUGCAAUAGCUUUUCAACCUUUGGAUGAUGACAGCCUUUCAGAUCUUGCAGAUGAAGAUGAUUCAGUUUAUGAAAACAUAGAAAAACGUUUUCCUGUUUCAAAACGUAGUAGCGGAGGUAUAAAUAAAAAUUCGCAAAAAAAGAGAUUUGCUUUGAAUAAUCGUAGUAACGUAAAAUCGUUUAGAACCAGCUCCGGUACUGAUCCCAAAGUAAUUGCGGACCUAGCUAAAAUAUUUGGACCAUCUGAAUAUGACAUUAUUAAGAGACCUGUUAAACGAAGUAGUAACUAUGAAACAUUGAAUUCACAUGAGGUAAAACCGCCAAUGACUGUCGUUAAUCAAAACAGCAGUCACGAGCAUGCACACGAUAAUGAAUCAGAAGACUCAAGCCAUGAACAUCAUGGUCACCCUCCAGGUGUAACCGGCAAAGAAGUUGAGCAUCCACUCCAAAAUCAUGAAAAUUAUCAUCAAGUUAAGUCCAUUUCACAUAAUCAAAAUGAAUUUGAAAAAGCUAAAGUAAUUAAGAAGAAAUCAAUUGACUGGUCCGACUACUUUGGUGUCGACAAAAGAUUUAAAAACGCUGUACCAAAAGACUUUAAUGAAAAUAGCCUAAAAACAUUGUACUUUGAUAAAUUUAACAGGGAAGUUAUGUAUCCCUCUAUUAAUUUAAAUAAAAAUAAUCAUCAAAAGAGGAGUAAUGAGGGAAUCAAAUCCUUUAAAAGUAAAGAAAAUACUGAAGUUCCACUUCAUGGUGAAAAAAGGAACCCUGAACUAAAUACAGAAACCAAAUUAGACAAUUUCGAUAAAAAGCUAAAGAACAUGGAGGGACUGAUGGUUGACGAAGCAUUACAUUACUCCAACGUUGGUGACAAAUUAGAUUCUAAAGAGGAACAAGAAAUGAAGGAAAAGUUAUUAUCGCGGCUUGCUGCAGCUUAUAGCUUAGAAAAGAUGCGAAAAGCAUUAAAAGAAUUUAAGCAAAGCUUGCAAAUUCAAAAGACACCACUAGCAAGACAAUCGACAUCUGAAUCAGAUUCAAAAGAUAAAAGGGUCGCUGUGAAAAAGGAAAGGGUAACUAUGUCUAAUGAUAUACAACAGAAGCUUCCACAUAAAGGUGACACAGAUAGCGAAGACUUUGAAGAUGAACAAGGAGCUGGUCAUUAUAUAAACGGUAAACUUGAUGAACAGCUCUCUGAAGGAUACAUGGGUGGCAGUGGACGUCAUCGAAUUCCAGUCAUAUCAACCGCAUCAAGCUCUUCGGGUGCUUGCCCAAUCCUUGCAAAAAUAGUGCAGCGAUGUCAUGGAGUUGACGUACUAGCCGGUGAUCGUGGGCAAUUGUUCCUGCCCCUCUGCAGUUUGCAUCAAAUUUGUUACCUUUGUGGAGAAGCCCCACCAACGACAUGCGAUUUAGUAUUCCUCUCUGAAGCGGACUCUACAUGCGACGGUGAUAUGAGCUGUCAGCGUGCUGCCCGCUCCGCUCUCAUGGCGCUCAGAGAACUCCACGACACCCUGGCUGAUGAACUAGACGGGGAAUGUGAAGCUAACCCUUGCCUCCCUGACACACUCAAACUCAACAUCGGCUGGCAAAGAGCCCUGCAACGAUAAAUGAUCUUUAACGCAUCCCGAUGGUAUGGCCAAGAGAAUUAUGCGAAGUGUGAAUUCACAAGUUGAAUUACAACACGAAUGUUAACGAUAAAGUUAUUUAACUUUAAAUAUAUGUUACUAUUUUGUAGUUCUUAAUUUAAUUAUAUUUAUCUUGGUGUUUUUAUUCCAUUUCAAUUUGAAUUCUUUAAUGUUUAUGAUAUUUUACUAAAAUAUUAUAAGGACGUGCCUACCCAGCUAUAGGCAGGUAUAAUCUUCACUGAAAAAUUCAAAUGCUAACUUUGUAUUUUAUCUCACAUUCAUACAAUAAAUAAGUUAUAAAAUAACAUUCCAUAACGUAAUUUGGUUGAAAGAAACAUGAGCAAAUCAGAAAUUUGCUUGGGAAGGUAACUGCGUAUAUAUGUCACACUAAGAUCGUUUCGUAAACGUUUUAAUUAUAAAACCUAUUAGUAAAUGUUAAUUAAAUGUUGUUAAAUGUUUGCAUAAUUCUAUAAUAUGCAUUGUUUAUUGUGUCUACGUUAUUAUAUAUUACUAAUACUACUUUAACUAUAAUAAUUAUAGAGUGUAAUGAUAAACUUGAUUCUUAAAAUAUUUGGGUUUUCUAAGUAUCUUGGAUGUGCCAACGAAUGGUCAUUUAAGAGGAUUCUAUAGGAAUUUAAACGGAAUUUUUGUAACUGAAACUAAAAUUUAGGUCUAUAUAAAAGUACAUAAUACGAGAAAAAAAUCUUUCAAAACUAAAUAAUACGUACUAAACACUGAAACAGGAUUUUUAAAUUUAAGAGUAUUGGCGAAAACGAAUCCUCUUAUAAGCAUAUGGGAGACAUGAAGCAAAAUGAAAUGGACAGAAAAAGUAGGAAUUGUUGAGACAUGCUGUAUGUAAUAAGCCAUACUAAUUGCUAUCCUGUACCACUAUUUGUUGUACAGGGUGCUGCUAAUUUAAGUAUUUAUACUAUAAUUGGAUACAAAAUUUAAUAUAGUAGUAGAAAAAAAAAUCCAUAACGUAUCGUAAUCUUCGGUCGCAAGAUAAUAAAUUUAUAAAAAAAAAACUCUAUAUUUAAUAUGUACUCUUUGUUUUGGUUGCAAUCAUAUAAUUGCGGCAAAAUAUAGGUAGAGGAUUCAAUAUUAAGAAAAAACAAGCUAUGAUAAAUUUAAAUAGAAAUUGUGAAUUCUGACGGAAGCACAAAUUAGCACUAAUGCACUCUAGACUUUACUAGGACAAUAAAUUCUUAUUUGCUUUCACGAGGCUAUUUAAUUAGUCUUAAGCUAAGAAUGCUAGGAUUCCACUAUGUCUUCCGAAGGUAUUUGUCAUCAUGUAUAACGACCCUUAAAAUUUAAUGCUUUUACAAUCUUAUACAAUAAUUUGAAAUAUGACUCAAAUCAAGAACGUUGAACUAACUAAAUUAUAUAAUAUACUUGUUCCCAUUUAAAGUUGUAUCACUGUAUUUGUAAAAUUGAAAUCACGAUAACACGAAUAAAUGUUUUCAGAAAGAA